AUGUCACUUGAGAAGCUAGUUGGUGAACACAUCAUCGAGCACCAUAAACCUGAAGGGAUCACAUUUACAUAUGGGACCGCUGGAUUUCGUAUGAACGCCAAGUAUUUAGACUAUGUCAAUUACACCGUGGGUAUUCUUGCUUCAUUAAGAUCGAAAAGUCUUGGAGGUAAAACUGUUGGCGUUAUGAUUACAGCUUCUCAUAACCCACCACAAGAUAAUGGUGUUAAAGUGGUGGACCCAAUGGGUAGCAUGUUGGAAAGCAAAUGGGAAACAUAUGCGUGCCGAUUGGCCAAUUCAGCAGCACAAGACUUGACAAACGCUAUUAGAGAUUUGGCCAAAGAGUUAGGAAUUGACUUGGACAGCGAAAGUAGUGUUGUUAUUGCCAGAGACUCAAGAGAAAGCAGUCCAGCGCUAAAUAGAGCCACUAUUGAUGGAUUCAAAAGUGUCCCAAACACGAAGUAUGAAGACUUUGGAUUAUUGACGACACCUGAACUACACUACAUUACUAGAACAUUCAAUGAGCCUAGUUUUGGUGAAAGGAAUGAAGAAGGGUAUUAUAAAAAGUUGGCAAGUUCAUUCAGACAAAUAUAUAGGUUAUCAAAGGAUAGUGACGAGAUUGAUAUCACGAUUGACGCGGCAAAUGGUGUGGGUGCACCCAAAAUAGACACCUUAUUGAAAAAGUAUCUUUCCGAUGAAGUUAGUUUUACAAUUGUCAAUGGAGAUUACGAAAAGCCGGAUUUGUUAAACUACGAAUGUGGUGCUGAUUUUGUCAAAACUAAUCAGAAAUUACCUAAAAAUGUGCAACCAGUGUCAAACAAGUUAUACGCCUCUUUUGAUGGUGAUGCUGAUAGAUUAAUCUGUUACUACAAAGACUCAAACGAUGCAUUUGUUCUUCUUGAUGGUGAUAAGAUUUCCACUUUGAUUGCCUUAUUUUUACAACAAAUUUUUAAGGAUUUUGAUGCAAGUAGAUUAAAGCUUGAUAUCGGUGUUGUACAAACUGCUUAUGCCAAUGGAUCUUCAACAAAAUACGUUGAGGAUGUUUUGAGAUUGCCAGUUCGUUGCACACCAACUGGGGUCAAACAUUUGCACCACGAAGCUGAAAAAUUCGAUAUCGGCGUUUACUUUGAAGCAAAUGGUCAUGGUACUGUUGUUUUCAAAAGAGAAGCUGAACAAAAGAUUCUUGAUUACAAGUCCAGCUCACCAAAGGAAGAAGUGGCACUCAAAGUUCUUCAAAAUUUUAGUCAAUUGAUUAAUCAAACUGUUGGAGACGCCAUUUCCGAUCUAUUGGUAGUGUUGAUAAUCUUGCAUUAUCUCAAUUUAACUCCCGAGAGAUGGAAUAAAGCGUACACUGAUUUGCCCAACAAGUUAAUUAAGGUGGUUGUUCCAGAUAGAACAAUUUUCAAAACCACAAAUGCUGAAAGGACAUUGGUUGAGCCAGAAGGGUUACAAAACAAAAUUGAUGACUUGGUUGCAAAGUACCCACAAGGAAGAUCAUUUGUCAGAGCUUCUGGUACUGAAGAUGCUGUUCGUGUGUAUGCAGAAGCAAAAACAAAAGAGGACGUGGAGUCAUUGUCCAAGGCAGUUGCUGAUUUAUUAAAAUGA